AGGAAGCGGCUGAGCCUGAGGCGCCUCCCGGAGACCCGAGCGCCCGGGCCCCGCCGCCGCCUCUCCCCCCUCAGGAGGGCCUGGGGGCGGGAUCCCGAGCGAGCGCUGAGGGGCGACCCACCCUUACAGGGGCCCCGGGGGCGGUUUAUUUCUGGGGGGUGGGGAGCAGGGUCCGUCCCCCGCCCCCCCGCGAUGACGGGCAAGUCGGUGCGGGACGUGGACCGGUACCAGGCCGUCCUGGCCAGCCUGCUGCUGGAGGAGGAGAACAAGUACUGUGCCGACUGCCAGGCCAAAGUCCCCGUCUUUCCCACAGGCUCCUUGGAUCCAGUAUCGUUGAUGGCAGAACUGCAGGUUCCUCCACAGUGGAGUACCCCAGCGAUGACCAUUAUGCAACUUCUCCUGCAUCCACUCAUCAGUUUAAGGGCCACGAUGGGCAUCCUGGAAUAUUGGCGUGUUCAUUUGUAUUCGCUGUGCUGGGAUCCACCGGAAUCUAGGAGUUCACAUAUCCAGGGUGAAAUCUGUCAAUCUCGACCAGUGGACUCAAGCACAGAUACAAUGUAUGCAGGAGAUGGGAAACAGAAAGGCGAAUCGUCUCUAUGAAGCCUACCUGCCAGAGAGCUUCAGACGGCCUCAGACAGACCAAGCCGUGGAGGGCUUUAUCAGAGACAAAUAUGAAAAGAAGAAAUACAUGGAUCGAAGUCUUGACAUCAGUGCUCUUAGGAAAGAAAAAGAUGACAAAUGGAAAAGGAAUACUGAGUCAGCGUCAGAGAAGAAACUGGAACCUGUUAUCUUUGAGAAAGUGAAAAUGCCACAAAAGAAAGAUGAAAUGCAGCCACCAAGAAAAAGUCCCCCUAAAUCUACUGAACCUGUAAUGGACUUGCUAGGACUUGAUGCUCCUGUGACCAGCACUGUCCCAAAUGGAAGACCCAGCAGCAGUUUAGAGAAGGAUCUAGAUCUCUUUGGUUCUGUGGAAUCUAACUCACUCUCUGACUCCAAGGUCACUGGCUCUAUGCCAACAGCUGGAAGCGCUGGGUCUGUUCCUGAAAACCUGAACCUUUUUCCUGAGCCAGGAAGUAAAGUGGAGGAAACGGGAAAGAAACAACUCUCUAAAGACUCUAUUCUUUCCCUGUAUGGUUCUCAGACACCCCAGAUGCCUGCCCAAGGAGCAAUGUUCAUGGCCCCAGCUCCGAUGGCAUACCCUCCAGCGUACACUGGCUUUCCAGGUGUUGCCCCACCCAGCAGCAUGCCUGGAGGCAUGAUGGCCCCGCCAGUAGGAAUGAUGGCACAACCAGGAGCUCCAGGGAUGGUGAGCCCCAUGGCUAUCCCAGCUGGAUACGUGGGUGGCAUGCAGACAGCUGUCAUUGGCGUCCCCAAUGGAAUGAUGUCAGCACAGCAGGCCGGGUAUGUUGCUGGCAUGGCCACGGUUCCACAGCCAGUGUAUGGUGUGCAGCCAGCUCAGCAGCUUCAGUGGAACAUUGCGCAGAUGACCCAGCAGAUGGCUGGGAUGAACUUUUAUGGAGCUAAUGGCAUGAUGGGAUAUGGACAGUCAAUGGGCGGAGGAAGUGCUCAGGGAACCAAUCAAACCCUCAGCUCUCAGAUGUGGAAAUAACCCUCUUCCUCCCCAGUAUUAUGACCACUUUUUUUUUUUUUUUUUUUUUUUUUUUUUUUUUUUUUUUUGCCUUUGUUCUGUUUUAAAACUGCUCCAU